AAAAAACAUGGCUGAAAGAAACGACCCUAACUACUUUCGGUUUGCACAUAUUGGUUGGGUGAUUCCAAUAUCUGCUGGUCUUACAGUAUUAACAUGGGCUUAUUAUGACCCUGAAGGAAUUCCAUGGAUUUUUGGACCACUAGGACAGCUGGGUACUUACCUGGGGAAGAACUACCCCACUGUUAUCAAGAAUAUGUUCUAUGUGACAUUUGCCAUACAUGUGGGAGAGGCAGUGUAUUCUGUAAAGGUCUGCAGGAAUAAAAACCUCAGUUCUUCUGCAACCAUGAAAUGGUGCUUCCAGACAUUUCUGUUUGGUUUUGCGUCCCUUUUGCGACUUAAAAAUGCCAGAAAGGUCAAGGUCAGCUGAUGAAGGUCAAAGUCCAUUGAAUGCUUAAUUUAUGACAACACCUCAAAUUAAUUGCUCAGGCUACAAAUCUUGAAAUGAAAAUAUGGAAACAUGUGUGAUUCACUGUGAUCUUUUAUAAUAUAUCUGUGAUGAACAAUCUAUACAUUGUGUAAAUGUGUAUAAUUUUGCAGCACACUCUAUACAGUUUGUUCUAUUGCAAUGGGACAUAAAAGAACGUGAAAAAUGAGUGAAAAAAAUGGACGAUAACAAUCUUUAUUUGAAAGAAAUCUUCACAUCUAGGCAAAAGUUGUAAUAAUAUAUGUCUGAUAUACAUCACAAGAGUCUAUACAUGUACCAUAGAGUAUCUGCAGAAGAAUUUGAUUUUAGUUGAUUGAAAUAUUACACUAAAGGCACUGAGUAGGCAACAAUGUUUACAGACUUGAGUUUACUGUAUUCAUUAAUAGAUAAAAAUUUUAUUUUUAUGAAUAUAAAUUGAUUGAUAAAUA